AUGCCGGCACUUUUCGAGAUGUCGGCACUUUUCGAGAUGCCGGCACUUUUCGAGAUGUCGGCACUUUUCGAGAUGCCGGCACUUUUCGAGAUGCCGGCACUUUUCGAGAGGCCGACACUUUUCGAGAGGCCGGCACUUUUCGAGAGGCCGACACUUUUCGAGAGGCCGGCACUUUUCGAGAGUGUCGGCACUUUUCUAGUGUCGGCACUUUACGAGUGGUCGGCACUUUUCGAGUGGUCGGCACUUUUCGAGUGGUCGGCCCUUUUCGAGUGGUCGGCCCUUUUCGAGUGGUCGGCGCUUUCCGAGUGGUCGGCGCUUUCCGAGUGGUCGGCGCUUUCCGAGUGGUCCGCGCUUUCCGAGUGGUCGACGCUCUUCGAGAGACCGACGCUCUUCGAGAGACCGACGCUCUUCGAGAGACCGACGCUCUUCGAGAGACCGACGCUCUUCGAGAGACCGACGCUCUUCGAGAGACCGACGCUCUUCGAGAGACCGACGCUCUUCGAGAGACCGACGCUCUUCGAGAGACCGACGCUCUUCGAGAGACCGACGCUCUUCGAGAGACCGACGCUCUUCGAGAGACCGACGCUCUUCGAGAGACCGACGCUCUUCGAGAGACCGACGCUCUUCGAGAGACCGACGCUCUUCGAGAGACCGACGCUCUUCGAGAGACCGACACUCUUCGGGAGACCGACGCUCUUCGGGAGACCGACGCUCUUCGGGAGACCGACGGUCUUCGGGAGACCGACACUUCUCGAGAGACCGACACUUCUCGAGAGACCGACACUUCUCGAGAGACCGACACUUCUCGAGAGACCGACACUUCUCGAGAGACCGACACUUCUCGAGAGACCGACACUUCUCGAGAGACCGACACUUCUCGAGAGACCGACACUUCUCGAGAGACCGGUAUGUAAACUACAUUUUCCAAAAGAGGAUGUAAGAAAAUCUUUCAUCUAA